ACGGUUACUCGUCGGGCACAGCACAUGACAACAACACAAAUGGCUGCUUCAUCUUGUUCUCGUCUUACCUUAACCCACAGAUUCCAUAAUUCCCAAAUCACCCCUCAUCUUCGAUUCAAACCAUCUCCUCUGCGCUUCUUCCUUCCAUCAUCAUCUUCUACUCGAAAAUCCAUUCACCGUCCCAUUCAAUGUCUCUUUACCGGCCUCGUAGAAGAAAUGGGUACCGUCAAGAAACUCGGAGCGGCCUCAAACGGCGGUUUCGACUUAAAGGUGGAGGCAAAGACGGUUCUUGACGGCGUCAGUCUCGGAGACAGCAUCGCCGUCAACGGUACAUGUCUCACCGUGACGGAAUUCGACACAAAAGCUUCUGAUUUUACAGUUGGGUUGGCUCCGGAGACACUAAGGAAGACUUCUCUGAUUGAAUUGGAACCGGGAUCGCCAGUGAAUCUUGAAAGAUCAGUAACACCGGUUACUCGAAUGGGUGGGCAUUUCGUACAGGGUCACGUGGAUGGCACGGGGGAGAUUGUUUCUAUGGUUCCUGAAAGGGAUUCUUUGUGGAUUAAGGUUAGGGUUAAUAAGGUGGAUUUGCUUAAGUAUAUUGUACCUAAAGGGUUCAUUGCUGUGGAUGGGACUAGUUUGACUGUGGUUGAUGUUUUUGAUGAUGAAGCUUGUUUCAAUUUCAUGUUGGUUGCUUACACUCAGAGCAAGAUUGUUAUUCCUUUGAAGAAUGUUGGACAAAAGGUUAAUCUUGAAGUUGAUAUUCUUGGCAAGUAUGUGGAGAGGCUUCUCCGAACUAAUGCUUAUGCUAGCUAGAUGAUUGAUUGAGAUCAUGUUAUGAACUAUAAUUGGAGAUUCUCAAAUGUAUGGUUUUUGUUUAUUACUAAAUCUGGUUUUCAUCUUUGUGAUUCAAUCUAUCCUCUUUGUUUCAUUUACUAGUUGUUUAACGUUAGAAAUGGUAAAGCUUCAAUAAGAUUAGAAGCUGCUUUUGAUGAUUAUAGUAAUGUGUGAUUGUUGAGA